UGUGCGCUUUUGCGGAAACGGAAAUAACAAUCAACGCUGUCAUUUCAACAUGGCUGACGAAGAAGACUUAUCAUCAGAGCAGACGGAACAAUUGCUGCAUUUCCAGGACCUCACUGGAAUUGAUGACAUGGGAAGAUGUCGGCAGAUUCUAGAAAGACACAGAUGGGAUAUUGAGGCUGCUGUCCAAGACACAUUCAAUGAAAGAGAGGGGGCACCAGCUGUGUUCAACCAGCCUCAAGCAGAACCCAGGCAGCCUGCUAUGAACCUCUCACCCUCAGAUCAGAGGGUGUUCACUGUGGAGCGACGUCGACCUCAAGGCAUCUUCCAGUGGGGAUAUUUUGUCAUCCUCUUCCCCUUCAGAUUUGUCUACUCAACUCUAUAUGAUCUCAUGAAGUUUAUGUAUCGCUUGAUAAAACCAGAUCCUCGGAGAAAUGUAACAGACCCAGUUGGAGAUGUUGAAAGAUUCAUUCAGACAUAUAGGGACAAGUUUGGGAACAAUCACCCUGUGUUUUACAGGGGCUCGUAUAGUCAGGCUCUGAAUGAUGCGAAACGGGAGCUCAAGUUUCUGUUGGUGUAUCUCCAUGGUGAAGACCAUCAGGACACAGAUGAGUUCUGCAGAGUGACAUUAGCAGCAUUGGAGGUUACAGAUUUUGUGAAUAGUCGACUUUUGUUCUGGGCAUGUAGCACCAACAGUCCGGAGGGAUAUAGAGUUUCUCAAGCUCUGAAAGAGAAUACCUACCCCUUCUUGUGCCUGAUAGUGCUCCGAGACAACAGAAUGACGGUGGUAGCCCGCAUCGAAGGUCCACUAGGGGCGAGAGAGAUGGUGAAUCGUCUUGAGCGAGUGAUGGAGGAUAAUGAGGCCUCGCUAGUUGCUGCAAGAGCAGACAGAGAGGCUUUGAACUUCAACCAGACAUUACGGCAGGAGCAAGAUCAGGCCUAUCAAGUUUCUCUUCGAGCAGAUCAGGAAAAGGAGAGAAAGAAGAGAGAAGAGCAAGAAAAAAGAGAAGCAGAAGAGCAGAAAGUCAAAGACCAGGAGCAGGAACAAUUAAGGCUAUUAGAAGAGAGAGAGCGACAAAAGGAGGAACUUCGACAGGGGAUGCCCCUAGAGCCAUCACUUGAUGACAGUGAUGCUAUCCGCAUCAUUCUGAGGGUACCCAGUGGUGUACGUCUGGAGAGGCGCUUCCUCAAAACACACUCCAUGAAGUAUCUCUACUACUUUGUGUUUUGCAAUGAACAAUGUCCUGAUGACUUUCAAAUUGUGGCAAACUAUCCUCGAAGGACAUUACCCUGCCAACCCACCGAGGAAACCCCCGAGCCAAAGACAUUCAUGGAAUUUGGACUUGGCAAGUCUGAAAUGUUGUUUGUCCAUGAUAACGAGGCUUGAUGCUCAAACUGUGUAGGAACUUCUAUCUACUUGAGUACAUCCUAACCAGCUGGGAGCUGGGAAUAAUGUACUGAUAGCCUAAUGAUGAGGCUGCUAGGAAGACAUGGAGAAGGACUGUGAAAGUUGUGGCGUAAGAAAUCACUUACAGACAAGAUUGCUGAUCAUGCAUAUGUUACACAUCUGUCAGAGGUCAUAUGGAGCUUAGGACUCGUAAGGUUUGGGUCAACAUGGGUCAAGGUACUGGCUUUUGCUUCUCAACACAUUUCAUGAUGGAUCUGUAUAGUACAAGCGAGACAGGUCAAGGAGCUACGUGUAAUAGACAUGGAGUUCCAUCAUGUGAGCAUUGUGAUAAAAGGUUUCAACAAAUUUGUAUAGCAUGAUAUAUACAAAAUAAUGUAAAGGACUAACUAGGCUUAGUAAUAACAAGGAGGCUGUACUUCCUGGCCACAGAUGUGUGGAAAUAAUGAUGGAAUAUUCAGAUACAGAUCCGCCUCACUACUCCAGGUUUGUACCAUGCUAUAUAAUUACAACUGGUAGGAAAUCUGAGUAUGUUUGUCAUUGAUCAAGUCUUGAGAUUGUGCUCUGUGAAUGUGAUAAUGAAUCCAAAAUAGUGAUAACCACAUCAUGGUUAAUAUUGUUUCUCAGCAUCAGCUGCAUGUUGCCACGGUUACUCAUACUUACCAUGGUUGGUAAUUAUUAUUGACAGUCAGAUAAUUAAUAUCUCUUGUUUCAGGAGUAGACAUAUAUUUACUGAAGUUACAAAACGAUUUUGUAUCAGUGUUUUAGAACACAGAAUUUGUACUGAUAUCUGGAUAUUUGAUAUGGUGGACAGGAGUUGUUUUUCACAACAAAUGGGCAUUUUCAAUAUCAAGCCUGUGUUCAGUGGUAGCAUUUAUCAUGUUUAUAGAAUCAUGGAAUCAGAUCCCUGUUCAUUUUGAUAUUUUCAGUAGUCUGAAGACUUUGAACUCUAAUGGUUGUAUGGUUGCCAUUGGCAAAUGAUAUGAUUUACAUAAGAUACUGUGAUGUGCAAAGAGGGGCAGAUUACAGGUUUCAUUUCCUGAUUUACUUGACAGGAAAUGUUACAACAAACGAUGUAAGUCAGGAUGGUCAGUGAUAGACAGUUCCACAUAUGCUAUAAUAUUUCAUUCAGCUGUAACACUUCUUCACCAUAAGAUAUUUGAGACAAAGGGAAGGGGAAGGCAACUUAAACUCUGGACAGUGCAUGUUUUGUUUGUAGCAUGCAUAAUUGUGCAUGCAUGUUCAUACACACUCCAUUAUGAUUUUUACAUUGUUACUGCAUUUGUAUUACAUCAAGACCAGUUUAAUCAUUAUCACAACCAUGGUUAUUUCACUUAGGCCUGCAAAAUACAACUCUGGAACACUUGGAUGAACAGAGAAAUUAUUGCCUUGUUCAUCAGUUUCUGAAGAAAUUAAGGCUUUAUUCUGCAGCAUUUCAGAUUUCAUCCUACUUGACACCAGGCAUUUUGAGCUUCUGUUGUGUAAAUGGAGACAUAGAUGUGAUACAUUUAUGAUUUUAUUUAUGCUGAAACAUCUCUGUGAGAACUGAAUGAAUGGAUAUUAUUUAUAUUGUUAUGUAUAUUCCUAAUUAACCUUCCUCUCAAUAACAAACCCAGUCAAACAAUAAUAUGUUUUCUUGACAGAAGAAGCCACAUUGCCUGGAAGUAUUAGUUAUGUUUCCAAACAUGUUUACAUUGAAGGGAUAGCUGCCAGUUUCAGUAAUUUGCAAAAAGAAAAUAUGUACAAUCAUACAUACAACAGAUAGAAACAUAUGCAUGUAUUUUAUGAAUUGUAUGUGAUCGGAAAUAUUCAUAAGCCUGUAUUACAUGCUACAGCUCUCAUUUGUUUCAAUAUUCAUUGGGACUUUGACGGAAAGGUAUGAUGAUUUGUGUCAGAUUUGUAUGUGUUUGUCAUGCAUUUAAACAAUCAAAAUUAGUUGAGCUGCUAAAUGGCCUCAUGCAGAGAUGGUGAAUAUUUGUGACAGCAAAAGGAGGUCUGAGAAACUGGAUGUGACCUGUUAUGGACAGGUGUCCUAUUUUCAUCAUCUUUUCUUUUGGCUUUAGGUUUUGAAAGUAUUACCUUUUGUCUCUAUUGUAAUGUAAAUCACAUUUUACAUAAUCCAUUUGAAGAUUAUGUUGAAUAUCUUAAUUGCUAAGCAGACAGUUUAAUCACAUAUUAUUUUCUAAGGGAAAUUAUUUUCUAGUUUAUGCAUAUAAUUAAAUCAUGCCAUCAUUUUCCUCAGUUUAUGUUCAGGGGAACGCUGUAUUUGUCAUCCAUGCUUCAGGGAAUGAGAACUUCUCAUCAUUGAGGCUUUGUCAAUAACUUGUAAAUUUUGUAAUAAAUUUUACAAAGAACA